UAUCAUUUCAAAAGCCUUCCCUCAUCCUAACUGGCUGCAGAACAAACAUCUAGCCAUGUGCAGUAAUAUCCCAACCCAUCUUGCGAGUCUCUCGUUUUUUCCCAACGUCCCACUACUCCCCAUCUGCAGCGUGUACACAAUCCGCCACCUACGACCUUUCAGCGAGGCUGGCUAGAAGUGCGGGGUGGCUGUCGGGACGCCUAACAGACAGACGGGAACAUGUGCCUAGGUAUAUCUACCAAAGUAUCUAUAGACCGACCGUCGCCGCGAAGUAUCUCUACAAGUGAGUACGUUUGAAUUGACGAUUCAAUCUGCGCACAUACGCUUCAGUACUGGAAAUGAAGUUAAUCGUGACCGGCGCGACCGGAUUCGUGGGCACGGAGGUGAUACGCCUGGCUCUGCGCAACAAGGCCGUCACAUCAAUUAUCGCGCUAGCUCGCAGACCCGUACAGGUUCCUCAAGGUGUUGGGGCUGAUGCAGACGUGAGCAAGUUGCACACGGUUAUUCUAGAGGAUUGGUUGAGUCCAUAUCCCGCAGAGGUGAAAGAAAAGCUCGCAGGUGCGGACGCGUGCAUAUGGCUUUUGGCUAUCACGCCUUCGAAGUCAAAGGGUGUUGAUUUUGAAGAGUUGACAAGGGUCUGCCACGACUACACGAUGAACGGGCUUCGUGAGAUCGCUUCUGUCGCGAACAAUGGCAAGCUUCGAUUUGUCUACACUUCCGGCGUCGGCGGGGAACGUGAUCCCACACAAAAGAUACCGAAGGUAGAUGAGCAUAUGGCUCGGCUGCUCUACUUGCGGGGACGGACCGAGGUCGAGGUAUUGGACUUUGCUGCGGAUGCUGUCAAUGCUGGAGUUCAUGUCGAAGUCACCAAGCCUUCGGGGAUCUAUGGAGCUGGUCAUCCCAAGAUACCUGGGCUACCGAAAUUGUUGUCGCAUAUGCCCCACGACCCAUACAUCCAUGUGUCAGAUAUCGCCGCAGCGAUGAUCGAUGAGUGCAUUAACGGCUUCACGAAGGAGACCUUAUGGCCCCAGGAUAUGACGAAAAUCGGUCAGCGGGUACUGAAGAAGGAGGAUUAUGCAGAUUAUGAGGAGUCUACCACUUGAGGACAUUGCGCACCAUAUUUCCAUGAUUGAUAUAGACUUAACAAACAUACUUAGGUAAUAUGCUCUUUACGAACGCUGCAACAUUCUGCACAAAGACAUAAAACAACAUUUACCAAAAGCAAUCUUC